CGAAUUGAGCCACGGAUCGAGCACAGACCGAUCCGUGGUCGAGCGGUCGGUCGGUUGCCGGGCCGUGGCGAGCCGCUCCACACCCCAGCCGCAUUAUCCGAUCCGCAGAGAGGCACUAUUCAUAUUCGUCUGUAGUCUGUCGUCUGCUCUGUUUUGACGACUGCAGCUAGGAUCAUCCUGAUCAACUAUCAAAAAUGGAACGCCCACAGUUGCCGGCGAUAUUUUUACCACUGUUACAGUUGUACAUAAGGAGACGAAAUGAACUCAAUCAAAGAAAUAGAUUAAUUUUCUUGUAUCUGAUGCGACAACGAUUGGUGGCUAGACGUGGACAUGCGCCCAGGGGACCAUACUGCAAUCCGAUCUUGAAUAGGAGGAUGUCCAGAUUGAUAAAUCUGGACCCAGAUCAAGUAAAAAAAGACCUGAGGGUUACACGGGAAUCGCUGCAAGCUUUAAUUACCCAAGUAGUUGCCCAAAGACACCCACCCAAAUUGAGGGGUUACGCCCUUCACUUUGCAGUAAUAAUAACCCUUUACUGGAUGGCGGCUGGAAUGUCGUAUCGUGUAUGUGGCAACACAUUUGACAUUGCAAGGAGUUCUGCCUGUGACUUGGUAUCCGAUAUUCUAAAUGUCAUCCUUCGCCUGGCUAGGGAUGUAAUUAAAUGCCCUAGUGCUGAAGAGGUUGAAGUCAUAGGGCAAAACUUUGGACGCAUGGCAGGAUCUCCAGUAUUUUUGCAAUGUGCUGGAGCAAUUGAUGUCUGCCAGCUUAGAACUCUGUGUGAACCAGAGCGACAUGACGAAUAUAUUAAUCAGAAGCUUUUCUACUCCAUUGCUAUGGAAGCAUUAGUAGACCAUACUGCCAAGUUUCUACACAUUUGUGUUGGAUUUCCUGGGUCAUGUCACGAUCUUCGCAUACUAAGACAUAGUGGAUUAUAUCGGAAUAGAAAUUACCCUCCAGAAGAGUUUUUUAUUAUAGGGGAUGGAGGCUACAUGAGUUUGAGGCAACCAAUUGCCCUAGUUACCCCAUAUAGAGAUGUUAAUCUUACAGCAGACCAGCGAAGUUUUAAUUAUCAUCUCUCCAAGAUAAGAGCAACAGUAGAGAGAGCAUUUGGAUUGAUGCAAGCCAGAUGGAGGGCUCUAUUUCACAGGGCAAUUGAGAUAAAACUUCGUAAAGCUGUCAAGCUCAUCACUGCUUGUGCAAUUUUGCACAAUAUAUGCCUGGAUGCAGGUGAUAUAAUAAACUACAAUCCUGUACAAAUCAGAAGGCCACAGCAACCCCCAGUGCAGGAAAUGGGUGGAGGACCUCUCAGAGAUCUGCUGUGCAGGUUGCACAACAUGGCCAGGAGGCAAGCAGAAGAAGAGGACAACUAAUUGUAGAUAUAUGACAAAAAAAUAAAUUAUUAUUCUGGCACCAGCA